AUGGCCAUCAUCUUCUUCAUCUUCGGCAUCACCCUGGACAGCUCUGAGCUCUUUGCAGCCGUGAAGGCCUGGAAGGCAGUCCUUUUCGGCAUGGUGUCGAUGCUAAUCCUCAGCCCGCUCUUCGGCUUCGCGGCCGUCCGGCUGCCGUUUAAGCCGCCGGAGUUUGCGCUCGGCCUGGCAGUCAUGGCGUGCGUCCCCUCCAGCUUGUCGUCAGGCGUCACACUCGUCAUCCAAGGUUAUGGGAACGGCGCGCUGGGACUCCUGUUCACGGUGGCCGGCAACGUGACCGGCAUCGUCACGGCGCCGCUGAUGGUCAAGGCAGUGCUUGGAAGUUUGACCGAUGCCAAAAUUAACAGCUUGGACCUACUGGUCAAGCUUGGGGUGUCGAUCCUGAUGCCGGUCCUUGUGGGCAAGGCCAUUCGCGAGGCAGUCAAGCCCAUCAGGGACCACAUCUGCAAGGUCAAGGCGCCGCUGUACCUCAUCAACAACCUCCAGAUCACAAUCAUCGUGUGGCAGAAGCUCAGCGCAGCGAGGGAGGUCCUGGUGGAGCAAGAGGCGGCGGACGUGUUCCUGGCAGCGCUCGCGGCCAUCCUGCUGCACUUCAUCUUCCUCAUGUUCAACAUCAUCGUGACGUGGCUGCUGCGCUUCCCCGAGGCGGAGCGCAAGGCCAUCAUCAUCAUGGCCUCUCAAAAGAACCUGCCCACGGCAGCAACCAUCAUCUCUUACUUUGACUCGACCGUGGGCAACCUGGGCCUGAUCACCAUCCCCUGCAUUGUGUUCUACAUCAUGCAGCUGUUCAUCGACUCAUUCAUCGCCAACACGUGGUCCUCCAAGUACGAGCGCAUCGCACUUAUUGAAAAGAAGUAUGAGGACGAGAUCAAGGCACUCGAGGACGAUGCCAACCUUGGACACGCAGGCGGCCCAACCUCGGACCUUGCGAAGGCCAAGGCCAAGGCAGCCGCUGCGGACGAAGCGUCUCACGAGGGCAGCGGCGGCGGCGGCGGCCUGCUGGGGACGGGCGUGGCCCCGGACUCGGUCGCGGCGCCGGCGGCGCUGGCGGCGGGCGCAGGCGGGCUGGCGCCAAUCCGCGCGGCCGUGUUGGCCGCGGCGCGCGCGGCGGCGGCGAACGGCGGCGGCUUGGGCGCGGGCGGCAGGGGCGCGACGGGCAUCGCGGCUGGCGCGGGGAGCUCCCCGGUGCGCAUCGCGCGGCUGAGCAGCGGCGGGGAGGACGGCGGGCUGCUGACAAACGUGGCAUUAGACGAUGUUGACCCACUGGCCAAGGGCCGCAUGCAGCAGAUGUGA